UCCCGCUGCUGUUGACGACGUGUGUGUCUCGCAAAAAAAGGACACAAUGCCUUUUUACCGCUGGAAAUAGAUGGAAGCCACACCGGGGGGCGCGCGGAGGUCGUGUCCGCGAUAGGGGCUCCGACUGUCGGCCGAGCAUGGCGGCGACGGCGCGGCGGCGGCGGCUGCUGGUGCUGCUGGUGGGGGUGCUGCUGCGGCUCUGCCCCGCCGCGCUGCGUGCAGCAGGGUGUGGCGAGCGGGUGGAGGUGCACACGGAGCGCAGGGGUGUGAUCUACAGCCCCUCCUGGCCUGUCAACUACCCGCCAGGCGCCAACUGCAGCUGGCACAUCCAGGGGGGCCACGGGGAGGUCCUCACCAUCAGUUUCCGGGUGUUUGACGUGGGACAGUCCGGGAGCUGCGAGGACGGAGACUGGCUGCUGGUCACCUCCACGGUCUGGCGGGCCGAGUCCAGACUCUGUGGAUCCAGCAGGCCGCCGCCCUUCAUCUCCAGCAGGGGGCGCGUGUGGUUGUUCUUUCACUCCCAGGCCAACAGUUCAGGACUAGCUCAGGGUUUCCACCUGUCCUACAUCAAAGGUCACCUGGGUCAGAGCAGCUGCCAGUCAGACGAGUUCCUGUGCGGGAACGGCAAAUGUCUUCCUCACUCCUGGAAGUGCAACGGCCAGGACGAGUGCGGCGACGCCUCCGACGAGCGCAGCUGCUCGCCGCCCCCCACCGAGGCCCGACCCGGCCUCUGCCCGCCCGGUGCCCUGGCCUGCACGGCGGCGCAGUCCACCCGCUGCCUGCCCGCCGUCCUGCGCUGCGACAAAGUCCGCGACUGCCCCGACGGCUCCGACGAGCGGGGCUGCCCCGACGACACCUGCGGCAAACGCCUGGGGAACUUCUACGGCUCCUUCGCCUCCCCGGACUUCUUCCGGGCCAACCGGAGCGAGGCGGCGGAGCUGAGGUGCUCCUGGCUGUUGGACACGCAGGACCCCAAGCCCAUCGUGCUGCAGCUGGACCUGCAGCUGGGACCCGGGGACUCGCUGCACGUGUACGACGGGCUCCUGCACCGCGCCGAACACCUCCUGCAGGUGCUGUCCUAUCACAACAACCGCCGGCCCGCCUUGCUGGAGUCCAGCCGGGGACAGAUGAGCGUGUUGUACCUGGCCAAGCCUCGCAGCCCCGGACGAGGCUUCAACGCCACUUACCAGGUGAAGGGUUACUGCUUUCCCGGCGAGCGUCCUUGCGGCAGCGACCAGGGUUGCUACUCCGAACAGCAGCGCUGCGACGGCUACUGGCACUGCCCGUCGGGGCGCGACGAGGAGUCCUGCCCCAUGUGCCCGGAUGGCGACUUCCCUUGCGGCGGCGACACGGGCGCCUGCUACUCGCCGGCGGAGCGAUGCAACAACCAGAAGAGAUGCCCCGACGGCUCGGACGAGAGGAACUGCUACGACUGCCAGCCCGGGAACUUCCACUGCGGGACCAACCUGUGCAUCUUCGAGACCUGGCGCUGCGACGGGCAGGAGGACUGCCUGGACGGGAGCGACGAGAGGGACUGCCUGACGGCGGUGCCCAGGAAGGUGAUCACGGCCGCUCUGAUCGGGAGCUUAGUCUGCAGCCUGCUGCUGGUCAUCGCGCUCGGCUGCGCCCUCAAACUGCACACGCUCAGGAGUCGGGAGUACAGAGCUUUUGAGACUCAGAUGACUCGCAUGGAGGCGGAGUUUGUGCAGCGGGAGGCUCCGCCCUCGUACGGGCAGCUCAUCGCCCAGGGUCUCAUCCCGCCCGUGGACGAUUUCCCGCCUUACAACCCCACCCAGGCCUCGGUCUUGCAGAACCUGCGCCUGGCCAUGAGCAGACAAAUCCGACGCCACACCACCCGCCGCGCCUCCUCCUCCUCCUCCUCGUCCUCAUCCUCGCGGCGCCGCUUCGCCAACGCGUGGAGUCGCAUGUUCCGCCAAGCCAGAGGCCACGCCCCUCUGCUGGACCCCCCCGCCGGCGCCGCACACGUCACCCUGGGGCUGCACAGCUACCGAACCGCAGGGGGGCGAGGGGUCCGGGGCGGGGACGUCGGCACGGAGGCGGCGUGGGACUGCUCGGCCGGCGUGGACCUACACGGCGGGCACACGCCGGAGAGUCCCGCCUCGCCGCUCUCCUACCAAUCACAGGACAGUCCCGAAGCGGCGGCGCCGUCCCCUCCAGAACCUUUCCCUCCCGGUCCGAGUGAGGGUCCAGGACAGCCCCCUCUCCUAACCGCGCCGCGCUCUUCCAGAAAACUGGUUCUGGAUCUGGCCGCCAACCUCAAGGGGGUCUCCCUCAGGCGCUACUCGCCUCUCGGGCCCCUCGGCGCCGCCGACUCCCCGCGCCACCCCUUGGGGAGGACGCCCGACGAGUCGUCGUCGUCGACUUCGUCCGCCACGUCUCUGGACGGCGAGGAGACGGGAGGCGGGGAGGAGAAGAGGAGGCGGAGGAAGGCGAGCGUACGUUCAGGGAGGGAAAGCACGCCAUGUUGACGCACGCUCUCUGGCGCCCAAAGUGUCCUUGAAGCCCCGCCCCCUGACAUCCUGGCGCCAUUAUGCAGCGCUGGCAAGCCAUGAACACACAAGUCAAGAGUUGCCUCGCCAUUUGCCAGCGCCAUCACGCACAAUCGCUGCCAUUUGCUUGUUGGAACGCUUUUUCUACUCCGAAUAUGAACAUUCUUAAUAAAACAUUUAUUUAACUCUAAAUAUGAUCAAACUUAAUAAUACAUUUAUUUAACUCUAAAUAUGAUCAAACUUAAUAAUACAUUUAUUUAACUCUAAAUAUGAUCAUACUUAAUAAUACAUUUAUUUAACUCUAAAUAUGAUCAUACUUAAUAAAACAUUUAUUUAACUCUAAAUAUGAUCAUACUUAAUAAUACAUUUAUUUAACUCUAAAUAUGAUCAUACUUAAUAAUACAUUUAUUUAACUCUAAAUAUGAUCAUACUUAAUAAUACAUUUAUUUAACUCUAAAUAUGAUCAU